GAUAUGAACGAACUUAAUAUUCUCAUAGUUUGACAUAUACGGAUAUGAAGAAACAAAAUUUUGUUCUGCCACUACUUUUUAUUGUAUGCUUGCUUACAACCACCAUACCUUCUGUUUUGUCUUCCUCGACUGCAAACCGCUAUCACUUUAAUGUAAUUCCCUCUCUGUCCCUUCCUUACUCAGUCGAAUGGAAGAACAUAACCCGCUUAUGCAGUACUAAAGCCAUAUUAACAGUGAAUGGGAAAUAUCCAGGACCCACGAUAGCUGUAAACGAAGGAGAGAGCGUGGAGAUUAAGGUAACCAAUGGGGUUUCUUUAAACACAACCAUCCAUUGGCAUGGAGUCAAACAACUGAGAACUGGAUGGGCCGAUGGACCAGCAUAUGUUACCCAGUGUCCCAUAAGACCCGGUGAGUCUUAUACAUACAAGUUCAUGGUCACUGGCCAACGGGGUACCCUGUGGUGGCAUGCUCAUAUUGCUUGGCAGCGUGCAACGGUUUAUGGUGCCAUCAUCAUAUACCCACGUAUGCCUUAUCCAUUCUCUAAGCCGAUUGAAGCUGAAAUCCCAAUUAUAUUUGGAGAAUGGUGGAACUUACCUGUUGAAGGAAUAGAAGUUGAGAUGAACAAGUAUGGCAGUGGUCCGAACUCAUCGGAUGCUUAUACUAUUAAUGGCUUGCCUGGUUCACUCUACCCGUGCUCAGAAAAUGAUACAUUUAUCCAAACCGUUGAGCAAGGAAAAACCUACAUGCUUAGGAUCAUAAACGCAGCCCUUAACGAUGAGCUUUUCUUCACCAUUGCUAAUCAUAUACUUAAAGUUGUUGAGAUCGAUGCUUCAUACACAAAACCCUUCGAUACCAAAGCCAUUAUGAUUACUCCAGGACAAACAACCACUGUCCUCUUUACAGCAAAUCAGCAUAACCAAGACUCAGACGGCUUAUUUGUCAUGGCAGCCAGACCUUACCUCACCACUGUAUUCCCAUUUGACAACUCUACCACAGUUGGUUUCUUAAAAUACAAAGGAACAAAGGCCGACAAAAUGACUCUUCCAAAACCAUCAAAUCUCGUUUUGCCUCACACUCUCCCUUGUAUGGAAGAUCAUAAAUAUGCCACAAAAUUUGUAGCUCGGCUUAGGAGCCUUGCAACUUCUCAAUACCCUUGUAAAGUGCCAAAAAAGAUUGACAAGCGUGUCGUUAUCACCAUAAGUCUUAAUCUUCAAGAUUGUCCGGCUAAUCAAACGUGUAAAGGGUAUAAAGGGAGACGAUUUGCAGCUUCUAUGAACAACCAAUCAUUCAUUCGUCCGUUGACAUCUAUACUUGAAUGGCAUUACAAAAACUAUUCAUCUUUGCAUUACUCAUAUGACUUCCCACUGAAGCCACCACAAGUGUUUGAUUAUACAGGAGUUGAUCCAUUAACACAUAACAUAAAUCCAAGUUUUGGGACAAAGCUUUUUGCGGUAGAGUAUGGGACUAAGUUAGAAAUUGUGCUUCAGGAUACCGGUUUUCUUAACUUGGAGAAUCACCCUAUUCACAUUCAUGGUCAUAACUUUUUCGUUGUGGGUAGCGGAUUUGGGAAUUACGAUGAAGAGAAAGAUACUGCGAAAUAUAACCUGGUCGACCCUCCUGAAAGGAACACGGUGGGUGUACCAAUGGGGGGAUGGGCGGCGGUUCGUAUAAAUGCAAAUAAUCCAGGGGUAUGGUUUAUGCAUUGCCAUCUUGAAAUGCAUACUUCUUGGGGUCUUGCUUCAGGUUUCAUCGUUAAGAGUGGUCCAAAGCCAUCUCAAAGACUACGUCCCCCGCCAAAUGAUCUUCCACAAUGUUGAAAUCUAUCUUGCUAAACGUAUGCCCGGGAUUUGGUUAAGAUGCUCCAAAUGAGGUUUACUUAUUGUGUUAUAAGUAUGAUAUAUUAUGUAUAAACAUUAGAGAAAUAGAAUCCAAUGUAUUAGAUAGCUAGCUAGCUAGAUAUAUCGAUGCAUCUUUUUUCUGUAC